AUGACAAAGGGAGUGUCAGGCUCAAAAUCGUCCCGUAUCUUUGCUUACUCCGGUCUGGGUCUGCGGUACAGUAGUGCCGACAGAAAAUUGUUGAAGGCAAAUCCUCCGCUAACGAAGGGCUCCCCCCACGGAUCGGUAAUGUCGUGUCAGUCGCUCGCCGCUCGCGCCUUCGCCGAGCCCGAGAAGGAUAUGACACAUUGUAGCAGUUUCCACAGAUCAGUGCGGUUCAGUUCAGAUUCCCGGAGCUCCACGAGGGCAAACGAUGCAGAGAGCAAGAGGGAUACGCCUGGAUCUAUAUCCCUGACGGCGUUGACGGUGACCCCAGUGACGUCACAGGGAUCAGCUAUGAGCCAAUCGCUGCCUUCCGCCUCCGUCAACUACGAUGAUGACGAUACGCCGGCCCCUCCCCUGCCCGCCUGCCGUUUCCCGAAGCUGGAGGAGUGUGCCCACUUCCAUUACGAGAGGGUCUCACUCGGAGGACUCAGCAUAGAAACCGUCAAAUGUGAGGAGAAGUGCCAGGAUUCGCUGGAUGAAGGAUGGAUCUGCCUGAAAGUCCGUUCGCACGUGAAUUCCUGCGAGGAGGGCUCUCCGCGCGCCCUCAGCUCCAGCUGGACGGAGGCCAGUUCCGUCCGGGAGUGGACCCUCACCAGGAACAGGGACAACCUUCUCCAGCUCGAUGAUAUGCUGCACAGAUGUAUAUACGACCGCAAAGUAUCAGGGUUGCCGAACCUCCGUGAGAAAAUAUCAUCGUCCCUCACCCAAUCGGAGGGGGAGUAUCAGCGUCUUAUAGCCGACUACGUGCACCACCUGUCCAUCAUAGCCGACGACUCCAUCAACUGUGGACCCGUACUGAAUUGGCUACAGAUGGAUAAUAAAGGUCACAAACUGCUUGUAGCGAACGAAGACUCGUCCUCAAUCAACACGCCGGCCGUCGCCGCUGCAUACUCCGUUAGAAAAUAUGUGUCGCAGGCGCGCGACGAAAUCAGUUUCGAAGUUGGCGAUAUGAUAUCUAUAAUAGAUAUGCCUGGUCCGGCGGAGUCGCUGUGGUGGCGCGGCAAGCGGGGCUUCCGCGUGGGCUUCUUCCCCCACCACUGCGUCGCCGUCAUCGGGGACAAGGUACCGCGACAUAUGACGCAGCCGCCCCCUAUUGUUGGAUCAGUAGCGGUAGCGCCCAUAAAGCCGGUUCUACGCAAACACGGGAAGCUGAUCUCCCUGUUCCGAAGCUUCAUACUGUCGCGACCUUCGCGCAGGAGCCUCAAACAGCAGGGCAUACUUCGGGAGAGGGUGUUCGGAUGUGACCUUGGGGAACAUCUGCUGAAUUGCGGACAUGAUGUCCCGCAGGUGCUGGUGGAGUGCGCCCGUGCGAUCGAGGCGCGCGGCGCGGUGGACGGCGUGUACCGUCUGUCGGGCGGCGCGGGGCUGACGCAGCGCCUGCGCGCCGCCUUCGACGCGGGCUGCCCCCCCGACCUGGCCGCGCCCCCCACCACGCGCGACCCACACGCCGUGCCCUCGCUGCUCAAGAUGUACUUCCGUGAGCUCCCGAACCCGCUAUGCACGUACCAGCUGUACGAGAGCUUCGUGAGCGCCGUGCAGGCGGGGGACGAGGCCGCGAGACUCCGCGCCGUCAGGGACACCGUCGUCAAGUUGCCGCCCCCGCACUACAGGACCCUAGCGUACCUGAUGCGUCACUUACGCCGAGUAUCCCUACUGGGCGAUCAGACUGGUAUGACGGCCCGCAACAUGGCCAUCGUGUGGGCCCCCAACCUCCUCCGGGCUCCUCGACCCCAACACGCACUGCAGGGCGUCGCCGUACAGGCGGUGGUGACGGAGUUCCUGAUCUGUUACGCCGAGGAGCUGUUCGCUCAGGAACAGGGAGAGGAUUCUGGACCCGAGUCUUUAGAACAGGAACGGUGCGAGUCUGAAAUUGAACUGCGCGGCACAGACUCAUGUCGACGUCCUAAAAGCUUACCGAUCAACCCACCCACCAAAUUAUUGAGCCUGGAGGAAGCCCGGCGUCGCGGGCAGGCCGGCAGCGGCGGGGGCGCGGGGCGCAGCCCGCGUCUGCCUGCGUCGGGCGCCAUCGCGGCCGCCGCCUCCGCCCAGCUGCGGCCCUCCGCGCAUCUACGCCCCAACUACAUCGAGGUCGGGUCGGGACCGAACAACUUGCCGCAGUACCACACCGUCUUAGAUCUACCGGCGCCCGGUAAGCGCGGCUUGAAGCGGUCCCCGUCAGGUUGGCGCGGGCUGUUCGUCCGGUCUAAGACCCGGCCUCGCCCAGCGCCCCGGGCCCCGCCCGUACCCUCACCUCCACAGGACAUACCAAUGUGCCAGUCUGCGCUAGGGCUUCGCCCCGUCAAAUCGUGCGAGUCUCUGGCCUCGGACACUGACACCUUGGCGCCGUUAGCAGACAGGGCCGCUGCGCCACUAAAACAUCAUACCAGGUCAUCAUCAUGCGACUCUUACUUCGAGCCGUGGCAAGCGGAGCUAGCGGACAUGCGACUCCGUCUGUCCCCUCAGGAGAGAGACCAUCACAUGUUUAGCGAGGAGGACGAUACUCAGCUACAGAUAAACCAUGCACAGGACUCUCAGUGCUCGUCGCCUCCAGAGUCUGGGCUGUGUAGCGCGGAGAACAGUCCCCGCCGCAACCUGCGCGUCGACAUCCAGAAUGCUAGCGACCUCGCCGAGCGGCGUCGCGUGGCCCUGGAGGAGCAACUGUCCCAGAUAGGCUACAUAGACGGGGAGUCGCCCCGCGCUCGGCCCGCGCCUGAGAAGCGACACUCGGCGCGACCUGCCUCGCCCACACACACCGACAUCGCCAAGAGACUAUGCAAAGACCGGGACAGUCCGAUGGCAUCGCUCACAGACUUCCCAACUUCCCUGGCUAAUGUUAAACUUAGAGAGAGGAAUUCGCCGAGAAAAUCGAAAGCGAGGUACAGCGGUAUGCAUUUCGAUACAGACAAACAGACGAACAGACUUAGUUGGCACGGCAAAGAUGGUCAUACUAGCUAUAGCAAAGACGGUCAUUCCACACUGAUUAAAAUCGACUGGCCAGCAGAGAACUCUGUCAGUAAUCUCACAACGAGCACUCUGAACUCUAGCCCUCUCACCCCUAUAACUCCCAUCUACGACCCUCUAGAAAGCGAUUCGGAAGUCAGCGAAGCAAAGAAACACACGAUACAAAUCAAAAGUGAAAUCUGUGACUCGUGUCAACAAGAUAAAUGCUUAAAAUGCGAACUCAAAGCCACCGACUUUGAAAGCGCAAUCGAUAAUCUACAUGAUAGUCUAGAACACAGUCCACACUCGACAGACAUAAGUUAUCAUAACUUGAAUAGAUUAUCCGCUGUGUCUAACUCCUCCAAUUCAGAUCAUACGGACAAGAAGAAAGAUGAAAGUGACGUCAUGAGGGUAAUGACGUCAUCACACGAAAGCUCUUCCAGUUAUUCCAACGUCAGUUUGACGAAAGGCGACGAUUUAUACGAAUGCUAUAACUAUUCAAGACCUAAUUAUAUCAAUCUGCAAUCCUCUAGCACAAGUAAAAGCUCACCAGGCAGUCCUUUAAAAAGUCCAUUAAAAUCCACCAUUAGUAUAACAUUCCGAUCUCCAACCAAGAGUAAAAACUUCGAAGACACACCUACCAAUGAUAGGGAUUCGGUUUACGAAGAUAUUGAUCUAGAAAAGAAUCUGUCGAUAGUUGAAGACGCUAGCGUUCCGCAAACAGAUGCGUGCUUACCCACCCAACAGGCUUGUCAACCUAACGAUAUGCAGGACCUUAUCAUCCUAGAAACUCCAACAGAAACUAAUCUAGAUGAAGAUAUUGACGUCUAUAGCCAAGUAAAGUUCUUUAAAAAGAGUAUUGAGGAAGUCAAUGCUAUGCUCCUACCUGAAGACAGACAUUACGAAAACAUAGCCUUCGAAACACAAAAUGAUUAUGAAAAUAUAAACGUCGAUACACUAAAAAUAUGUGAUAAAGAUAUGGCUGAUGUUGAUAACACAAAACCUGUAGAAAACGGCAAUUUCAAAACAAUGAACGUUAGAGAAUUAGCCAUACGCUUCGAAAGUCCAACUGAACAAAAAUCAGCGUUCACAUUCGAAAAGUUCAAAGCUGAAAUCAAAUAUCCAAGCUUGGAACGCAAAGAUGAUAAGAAAGUUAUCGAAAUUAAAAAGAUUGAUUUCAAAACGCCCACUGUGUCGCCGAAAUCUUACAAACUAUCCAAGAAUUCUUGUAACGCCAGGUCCCUAGACGAGAAUGCGUUCGUAAAGGAAUUUGGCAACGACCAAUCAAACGAUAGACGGAAAAGUCUCGAAGUGAAGACUUCGAAAAAGGUUCCAGAUUUAAAUUUGAACACGGAACCCGAACACAAGGUCGUGAUAACGCCCACAACUGAAAACAAGAUCUCGUUAAUACAACGCUUCGAUCGACCAGACGUAAAAAAUAUUAUAAGCUUCGAAUGUGAUAAAAAAUUGAGCAGAGAACGGAUAGAGAAAUAUAAAGAGGAAAGAAGGAAUUUCCUCAGAGAAAAAUACAGUUCGCAAUCCUUCCGUUCGAAUCCAGAACAGUUGACUAGAAUUAAAAUUAGGAAAGAUAAAGAGGAUAAAAUUGAAACUUGUGAAAGAUUAAGCGAUGAAGUACCCAAGUUCGAAAGGAGGAAUACAGUUGAUCUAGGUCAACGAUUAAGGUUUAGUUUAGCUAAAAGUAGUACUAAUUUGGAGUCCAUACCUUCGCCCACAAGCCCUGAAAAUGAGACAGAAUUCACGAGCGAAAGAGAUGACAGACAUCAAUUUGACAGAAAAGAGAAGUCGUCACCGACGUACAAUAUUCGGGACAUGACGGCCAUUUUCGAGCAGAAAUCACAUCCGAACAGCGGAUAAACGAAUCUCAGACAGCCAAUAAGUAUUUAUUAUUAUUAUUAAUUAAUGUUUUUUUUUACUAAAACUGUGAUGGGGUUACACAAUAUUCUAGACUAGCUAGUCUCGCGCGGUUUCACCCGCUGCUCGGCUCCAUUGAUCGUAGCGUGAUGUUUUAUAGCCUUUAGCAAAGGAACAUUGUAGCUAUCUAUCAGUGAAAGAAUUUUGGCAAUCCGACCAG